AUGCUGCAAUGUGGAGGGAGAAGUGGUCUCUCCGGGAAAUGGCACCAACAUCUCCCAUUUGAUACUGCGCAAUGGCUUCUAGAUCAUCCCCGCAUCACCAUUCUAGACGGUGACAUGAUGAAGCCUAGUCUAGGCCUUGGCGCUGAUCACAUUGAGAUGUUGAAGCGCAACGUCCACAUCAUCAUCCAUGCCGCAUCUUCAAUCAAUCUUGCCCAGCGGCUUCAGAAAAUGUGGCAUAGCGUCAUCCGGGCCACAGAGUAUGCUGUCGAACUGGGACUCCAAUGUGACAAACUGGAGCGUUUUGUUUACGUCUCAACAGCGUAUACCAAUACCCAUCUGUGCAGCCUGUCCCCCAAAGGGGAUGUGGACAUAAAAGAGCGUAUAAUAUCACUUGAAUCUACCUCUCCCAAUAAUGGUAAUUCCACUGUGGACGAGGAAUACUUGGAACUAUACAACGACUUUCCCUGGGGUUAUGGGUAUGCCAAACAUCUUUCCGAGCGCCUAGUCACGGAAAGGUUCACAAGACACGGCAAGUACGACCGAUUGCUGAUUUUACGGCCCUCGGUGAUUGGGCCGGCUGAGAGCCUUCCAUACCCCGGGUAUGCGGUUCCCACGUCGACCCCAAUGACUAUGAUCGCGGCCUUGUUUGUCAACCAUACAGCGUUUUCCUUUGAAUUGUCCAGCCGGCUGGACGACCCGGAAUCAGACUCCAAUCUGGACGAAGUCCCUGUUGACAUCGUUGUAGAUCGCCUUCUGGCUCAUCUGGCUUACCAAACUCAAGGCUGCGUCCAUGCGGUCAGUGGCAGAAAAGCCCGAAUUUCCUUCAGGGAGGUAGAAGCGGCAGUUUACCAGCUCCGAUGGUUACCCUGGCGGUUUCGUUUAACGUGGGUGAAGGAGAAUGGUUGGAAUACCAAAAAGUCAGACGCAAUCAGUCGUCUAUACAAGAUCUUUGGGACUUCGUUCGACUUCCAUGAAGAGAAGACUGAGCUGUUGAUGUCGAAGUUGAGCGUGGAAGAAAGAAGGACAUUGCGGUUGUUCAAUACCAGGAAAGUCGGUGCAUUUGAGCUAGCGUCCCGCAGCAAGCAGAUGUAUGAUUGCUCGACUAUAUUCGCCAGGAAGAUAGCUUAUUCUUACCGGGCCUUUUACCAACUUCUAUGGAUUAUCUGGUGGGUCUAUGUUAAGCUGAUUGUUGCUUGGGCGGGAUUUGAUCUGCGGACGGUGACCCGGCAGCUGUUCGCUGGACUAAAGGUCCAUUAACAAUGUUCAUUAUUGCGCGACUGUUCUGUUCUAAUCGCCUUUCGCCGCAUGUUCCAAUAGAAAGCAAAGCAAUGACAUGUUGAGAGAUGAUGAAAUGGUCUACAUCAGGAGCGUGAUGCGACGCGAUGGGCGAUCCGGGAGUGUUGGAUAGAUGUCCGGAAUGAAGUUGUAGGAAAGACCGAGCGAUUGAAAGGGUCAGGUGAUCAGCCUCAACAUAGAUCAUGGGAUUAGAGCUCAUUGAUAUUCUACGAUGGU